AUGGCCCCUCUCAAGUCCCUCCUCGUUGGUGCCCUUGCUACGCUGGCCGUAGCAAGCCCCGUCCCUGCCCCUGCCACGGAGGCCGGCCAACUCCAAACCCGUCAGUUCAUGGACUCGAAUGAUCUCACGUCCGGCUCCUGCAAGGACGUCACCCUGGUCUUUGCUCGUGGCUCCACGGAAUUGGGUAACAUGGGUUCCGUCAUCGGACCUCCCCUCUGCACCGCCCUGAAGUCCAAGCUUGGCGCCGACAAGGUCGCCUGCCAGGGUGUCGGCGGCCUCUACACCGCCGGACUGAUGCAGAAUGCCCUGCCGCAGAACACCGACCCGGGGGCCAUCUCCGCGGCCAAGAGCAUCUUCGAGCAGGCGGCUUCCAAGUGUCCGAACACGAAGAUCGUGGCUGGUGGAUACAGUCAAGGAAGCGCCGUCAUCGACAACGCGGUGCAGGCGGUCAGCUCCUCCGUGCGCGACCAGAUCAAGGGCGUGGUGCUGUUCGGGUUCACCCGCAACGUCCAGGACCACGGCCAGAUCCCCAACUACCCCAAGGACGAUGUCAAGGUGUACUGCGCGAUGGGCGAUCUGGUCUGCGACGCGACGCUGAUCGUGACGGCCGCGCAUCUGACCUACGGGCUGGAUGCCGGCGAUGCGGCGAACUUCUUGGCGUCCAAGGUCAACGCUUGA